AUGACUAGUGAUGAUAAAAGUAUAAGUAACAAUGAUAAAGAAUUUGAGAUAAGUUACAGAUUAAUUAUAAAAAUAGCAGAAGAGUCUUUAUUAUCAGCAAAAUGGUUUAAAGAAUAUGAUACACUUGUAUCAACUGAUUAUAAUAUAGUAUUCAAAACAUCAAAAGAGACUAGUACUCAGUUGGCCGAUAUACAAAACUUCAUUAAAUUUAAAGCUGAAUCUAUAAA